AGCGGGCAUUACGAAAUUAGAAUAUAACUGCGCUCUACUGGAGUCUGACGAUAGAACAAACGAUGAUGCUUAAUAAGGCCUUCUAUUUGAUGGUGAACUGUUUGCUGGCCACAGCGCAAAUAACCUGGAGACCAUCGAAGCCCACAAACUCGGUGACCAUCCGGCAGAGUGGAAGUAGAAUUUGUGCCAAUCAUUUGGUUGGUGAGUUUGUGAAGCAUGCGGAGGACUGCCACAUGUUUUACCUGUGCGUUGAGAACGGGGAUGCAGUCCUGGCUUCCUGCCCACCAACGAUGCUCUUCAAUUCGGAGAGCAGACUCUGCGAUUCGGCGGCAAAUGUAAAGUGCAGAAAUGACACGGAUCCCAUAGAGACUCCUCCAUUCGAUGGCGGAAAUGGUGAUGGAGAUCCAAAUAACAUGGUCACGGAUGCCGCCACCUAUUGCUCCACGUUAGUGGAGCAACAACAAUCCAGCGACAGGAUUGUAUAUGUCGGCAGCUCGAGCAGUUGCAGAAAUUACUAUAUUUGCUACUAUGGACAGGCGAUUUUGCAGGAGUGCAGCUCGCAAUUGCACUGGAAUGCAAUGACGGGUAAAUGCGAUAUUCCAGAGAGAGCCCAGUGCACAGUAGGUGGUCAGGAGGAUAUGCCAACGAAUGGGAGUCCCGGUUACCCAUCCGCCAUUUCGAGUAAUCUCAUCCACUGCCCCGCCUACGGACAGCAUCUGUAUCCCCAUAUGCAGCGAUGCGAGUUCUUCAUCUACUGCGUUAAAGGACACGCCAGCCUGCAGCAAUGUCCUUUCUAUUACUUCUUCGAUAUUGCCACCAAAAGUUGUCAAUGGUCGCGAACGGCUCAGUGUGUGCGAGAUUUAAAUUUGGCGCCACUAAUAAAAUAGAAGUUUUAAUAUA